AAGAAUAUCCCAAACACCAAUCAAAUAAAAUUGUAUUCCUAGAAUAACUAUAUUUAAGCAUCCUAUAAAUACCUCUAGGAUCAACCUAAGGAGGGGUUUUCUAGGCUGGGCUUUUGUGGGUAUGAUAAUGGUGAUGAAGGACAAGUGGGUGAGGGCAGCAAUGACGAACAACAGGGUGGUGGUGGAGUUGUUGGUCACGCUGAAGCAAGCGCAGGCAGUGCCACCAACUCUGAAAUCUGUAGUGGAGAACCUAGAUCGGGUUCUUACUGAUUGGGUUCUAAAGGAGAACCCAGGAGAAAAAAAAAAAAAAGAGGAAGAAGGUGGGUACUUUGUAGGGCUAGCAAUUGUCUUGCAGAUGAUUAGUAUAAGGAUGGAGGUGAGGAGGUAGAUGGAUCUGGUGAGGAUGAUGAACAGUAAGAAGGAGAAAGGAAAGGAGAGAGAAAGAAAGGGUUGGGUGAGAUAGAGACCAUGAGUGAAAUAAUGAAAACCGUUAGAGUGU